CCAACCAAUGUCCCGACUACGGUCGCACACUCACCUUCGCCCUCACAAGACACCGACGACGAUGCCUCAAGACCUUCCACCCUCCUCUCCGAAGUGAUUCAGGGUGCCAAGUCUGCUGUUGACGACGUCCUAUCUUGGGCUGAGAAGAAGGUCGGUAGUUUGGAUUCAGAGAAAGGCGGUGCAGGGCCCUACGACUCACCAGCUACAUGCAUGCCUUCAGAUCUCGAUGCUAUUGCCAGUGGCAUCCUGCCUGCCAUGCCAAGCAAGAGCCAACACAACGAGGGCGCUCGGGCAAAGAGAAAGGUGAUGAAUGAUACACCAUUGGGAGAGGAACCGGACAAGCCCAAGGGACAGAGCAGUGCUUGA